CGCGCCUCACAUCUCUUUAACCUUCACGUUGUUCUUGUUGAACGUUUUCAAACGUGGAUUUCGGUUCCUCAGUGAAGCGAUUUAUAAUUAUAAUCGCCGAGAGGUUACGAUUUAAUUUUUCAAAAAGUCCAAGAAAUAUUCGAAUAAACUUUAAAAUGACUGAAGAAGUAAAUCCAAAGGCCUAUCCUCUGGCUGAUGCGACUUUAACAGCCAAAAUAUUGAACCUCGUGCAGCAGGCUAUGAAUUACAAGCAAUUGCGCAAGGGGGCGAACGAAGCUACAAAAACUUUGAAUCGGGGUCUCUCAGAAUUCAUCGUAAUGGCAGCAGACGCGACGCCUUUGGAAAUUUUGCUCCAUCUGCCACUUCUCUGUGAAGACAAGAAUGUUCCGUACGUUUUCGUCCGGAGCAAACAGGCUCUUGGUCGUGCAUGUGGAGUUUCGAGGCCAGUUGUUGCCUGUUCAGUCACAGUCAACGAGGGCUCCCAAUUGAAGCCACAGAUUCAAGCUAUCCAGCUAGAAAUCGAGCGACUUUUAGUUUAAACUUUCCGUGUACCUGACAUCCGAUUCUCAUUCCAUUGACUUGCAAUUUUAUCAUUGAUCGUGUAAAAUCAAUUCUAGAGACAAUUUAAUCAGCGGAUUUGUUAUUACAUUUUUGCUACUUUUUUGGUUUUUUCUUUCUCUGUAAACUUCGCCAAAAUAAUAGGCUUUAAAAAGAUAACUAUGUAUCUGAUUUUAGUUAAAUUCAAAUCCACUUAUUGUGUUUUUCAUAUUUAGUUUGUCAAGUAUAAAGUUUUCGAAUCUGAGAUGUAUCACGUUUUUCUGUUUCACAAGUGUCAUUUGUAAAUAAACAAAUAU